CUUUGUCAGUGGGACAACAAGGAGCACAUGGUCUGCAACUACGCAAAUCAGGUCUUCGCGCCCCGUCAGCUUCUUCGGCGCGUUCGGCACUAACAACAUGUUCAAACUAUACCCCGUCCUCCCCUGGUGCUUCUUGAUAGGCGCCCUCCUCGGUCUCGCCUGGGUGCUCGCUGAAAAGGCGGCGCCCCACACGCGCCGGUACAUCCAGGCGCGAAUAAGUUUUUGCUUCAAAGCGCUUUGGCGGCCGGGCGUGCGAGGCGCUAUAGGAGAUCUCAAUCUCAUAAGAUGGAUUGAUGACAACGCUUGUUUUGAAAUUGGCGCUUGGAUACUACAAGGCUCGAGCAUACUGCUCCACCCGAGAAAACGGAGAGUGAGUGAUAGUUUAAGCCAGUGUUCGGAGGUAUCAAUCGGAGCUCUGCAUCGAGUUUUGCGCAGCGGAAUGAGGCUUGUGUGUCUAGAUUUUGACAAGCACUAUACGAUCCCCAUAGGGUCGUGAGGGGAACUCUCAUUAUACUCAACAGAAAUAUUCCUUCGUUCAUGCCAAUAAAUGUUUUGCAUUUCCAUUUGGGUUGGCAAGUACAGGUGAUUAAUAUCUGG